UCAGAGGUGAACCAGGACAUCUUGUCUAAAAUAAAAGAAGUUCUAAAAAAAGAACAUGGAGGAGAACAUUUCCCAUGGACUGAUCUGCAAAUGGAAGGUUUGUUGUUACAUGAAUGAGCCUGAGUAUCUUAUGAAUAAGUGUGGAGAUCGAGGAGGGUGUUAUCGGCCGAUAACUCCCUCCGAGAUCUCCAUAAUUCUUCAUACGAUAUGAAAGCCAAAUUCAAAAAUUGUUUUAUUAUUCACUCAAAAUAAUUCCUAGUUUAAAAAUGUAGCUAAACCAAGCUUACCUCCAUCAGUGUUAAGUUCAUCUUCGAUAGUGCACGUUUAGGGUUGUUCAGCUCCGCAAAAGCAGAUGUCGCCCUUCGAGUUGUGUUCCUGCCAUGCUUUUAGCUAUUAUUUUGCCGAGUUUUUACUCUUGAAAGAAGUGAAAUGUCCUUAAUUUUUUGUUUUCACCACCAAAACAACUCAACCUCUUCCCCUGGUCUUCUCGGUUAAUGGUACAUUAACCUGCAAGGAAGUAGCACUUUUGACGCCAUCAGUUGAUUAAAACGACAAUUCUUUCAAAUUUGGUCAUCAGUAGCUGGAUAUGAUGAAUUAUAGGUGUGCUUUUAGCCAAUCAGAAUCGGGGAAAUAUUUUGAAUGAAUAAUAACACUUAUUAUUAUAUAAACACCAAUGAAAUACCAGGUGAGCUUUCACUUGAAAACUUGGUAUCUUCACAUGUGAAAAUAUCACUGUUGCUAUGGCUACAUAAUAAAUCGCACUUUUCACCCCAAAUUACUUUUAAAGUGAAAUGGUUUGGUGGUUCAUUGGUGUUUAUAUAAUAAAUAGAAUAUUACAUGGCCACUUGGAGAUACGAAAUUUCUCUUCCCUUGUUGAGAAAAUAGCACUGCCUUUAGCUAAGGAAUCAAGUUCUUGUCUGUAAAAGUUAUGUACACUUACAUGUACUAGUUCCUUUUCAACCCUAGGGGCAGUUGCUAAAUUUAGAUUUGAAGAAAUCUCAGCAGGUUUCUUAUAAAAUGUUGCCUACUUUAAAAUUUCCUUUUGCUAAUUAUUGGUCUUUACGUCAACAGCUCAAUUUCUUCGUUACUUCAGAAUGGUAAAGGAGAAAUGUCAAAGAAUAAAAAAAGGAAAAAAUGAAGAGCACAAGCAGAGGUGCAAAAUGAGUAGACGUCUCACAAGUGUAAGUAUAAGGAAGUUUUUUUUUCAAAAAUCUGAACAUGGUCAAAUAUAAAAACUGUUUUUGAUAAUUAUAAAUGCAUUGAUAUCCCAUUAAUAGGGACACCUGUAUGUACUGGACAGUUUUCCAUUUCCUCAUGAAAAACAAUGUAUAAUAUGUUUAUAAUGUCAUAAUGAUAUUUAUUGUCAGUGAUACAUUGUUUUAUUUUUUUUCUGAUCUUAACUGCAGUAUAUGGGUGAGGCCACUUUUAUCCUUAGUUAUUUAAUUUUUACUUUCUUAAACAAAUUCCAUUAUUACAAACAUGAAUUCAGGGUUCUCAUUAAUUUUUCAAGUAGACAGCUAGGAUGUUAAAGUAGGCGGCUUGGUAACUGAGUGCUGUAGGCAAUUUCAGGCUUUCACUCUGUAACUUUACUCUAUUUCCCCAAAAAGUAGACGGCUCAAACCUCCAAGUAGCCGGUUUUUUAGCCGGCUGCCGGCACUUAAUGAGAACCCUGUGAAUUGAUAGAUUAUAUUUAUUAUUGAAGGACUGCAACACCAUUAUUUAGUUUGAUUUUUGUCCUUCUUUAUGUUUUUAUUAGAAGCUGGACAGGCGAUGUGGGGCUUUUGAGCUUAUAAGAGAAUCCUUAUCCUCGAGCCAGAAGCAGCUUGCCCCAGAGGUGCUCUGUGUCGAGUACAUGAGCAGUGAGGAGUCUGCCUAUGAAGAUGAGGAAGAUCCCAUCACUGGUGAAGUAAUACAGAAACUAAAGGGUUAUUUAACCAAGAAGCUCUCUUGGGAGAGAACAGCCCUGACAAACUUAAAAAGCAAGCUUGACAGAGCCCAUUAUAGAAGUCUAACCCCUCAUGCCAAAGCAUUGGCAAAGCCCAAGUUUGAGGGUGAUAUAUCAAAGAUUCCAGCACCCGAUGGUCCAUCAUGGGCCGUGAGACAGGCCAUUGCUCAAUAA